GGGAGUUGUUCAGGUGGGAGGUGUUGUCUCAGUGGGUGGAGGUGUCCCGCUGGGUGGAGGUGUCCCGCUGGGUGGAGGUGUCCCGCUGGGUGGAGGUGUCCCGCUGGGUAUGAUGAAGAAGAGCGAGGAAGACGAGUACUGGAACAGCUCCAAGUUCAGAGCCUUCACCUUCGAUGACGAAGACGACGAGUUCAGCAGACUCAAGGAGUCGCGGCAGGCCAUCCGUCGGCUGGCGGAGGAAGACGAAGAUGAAGACGAGGUGGAGAAAGUCAGCUGGAGCGGCGAGCCAAUCGGCAGCAUCUCCUGGUCUGUGAAGGAGACGGAAAGCGUCCAAUCAGAGGACGGACAGAGAGCCCGCCUUCCCCAGAAUCACCACGGACACGCCCACUCUGAGCAAGAGCCAAUCAGGAUCCUCCCUCAGCUCCCUCAGCUCCCUGUUCAAAGGAAAAACCAGAGGAAACUUCCAGAACAUCAGUGAAAGUAAGA